AUGAUAUAUGGCUGAUGGCUUUCAGAGCGUCAUUCGUUGUUGUUGGUAGGUAAUACAGAAUGUGAGGAUUUUGUCCAUUCUUAAAGGCGUGUAUGACAUUCCAGAACUUUCUGACAUCUUUAAGACGAUGACUGUCGUCAAAAGAUCAUACCUGUUAGCAGUUCUUCUCUUAAAGUUUGUUAGUGUCAGCCUCACCUGCACCUGUCAGUCCAAACACCCACAAACAACCAUCUGCCAGUCGGAAUGGGCCUUUUUGGGAACUAUGCAAGGCUCCCAGAACUUUACUGGAGACAAUGGAAAGGUUCAGCAUAAAUAUGAGAUCUACAUUCACAAGGUCAUCAAGGACAUAAAAUCCACUCUGAAGAACAAAGCGAUCACAGUGGUGAUUACUCCGUCCCUUUUGGAUGAUUGUGCUGUCCACUUACAGAAGGAUGUGAAAGCUGUAUUUACAGGGAGUUUUGAUGGCUUUAACGCCCCUACGAUGAAUAAGUGCGACUGGCACGAGGAGUAUUCGAAGGUACCGAGAUGUCAAAGAAGAAACCUCUUCAGAAAAUUUUAUGAAGCAAAUUGUGGAUGCACAGUCUGUCAACCAGGGGAAUGUCCGACAGAUGCCACUCCUCACUGUGUAUGGCGAACUGAUGGUUCCUGUGAACAUAAGCACAGUCACUGUGCCAUGUACCCAGGAUGCAACAAAUGCUCGUGGAGACGAUGUGUUUCUUUCUAUGAAUGUGAAGAUGAAUCAGAUACUUCAUAGUCCUCAUUCGUAGGUAUAAGCCACGCCUACUAUCAUUUGACAGCAAUCAACCGAGUGUUGGAUAUUGCAUGUACCUCAGAGGUCAUCGCCCAUUCAUGCGCCGUUUUGAUCCAGUGGUUCUGUUUGAAAGUGUAUUUACUAGUAUAGCUUUGUCAUUGAGUCGAUCUUCACUAUGUUUGCAUAAGAUGCUAUUCGUGAAGAUUAACUUCCUUCACAAUCUUCCAUUUUAUGUUAUUUGUAUGUAUUAUUUAUGUUUCAAUGUGUUGUGAUUUUUCCCCACAAGAUGUACAUGUAUGUGUUCGAUAGAAUGUUUUCUUAUUGCAAUAAAUAUAACAGAGAC